UCGAGAGCGAGUGACCAAUGGCUUAUGAAGUGGAUGAUAAGUAGUUGGCACAGCGAUAUUAAGGAAGAUUAACGGACAGGGGGAGGGAGAACGCGACUGGGGGAGGGGGUGGUCUGCAGCGCAACAGUUCUGUCAACACGGAGUCCAUAAUUCAUCGAUAACAAAAGGAAGACGUUUGGGUUUAAAUUGGGGAUUGCAAUCGGUUGAGCUGCGAUGCGAUUGGCCAGUGUGCAAGCGCGGGCUCGUCGGGCGGCUGAGGAGAGAGAAGAGCCACCCCCAGGCCCCGCCCCUCCCUCCACCCACCACUCUGAUCACCAGUUCAAGAACAUGAAGAGCAAGUUCUUCAACGAACUCACCCACAUGCCAAAUCAUAAAAUCAAAAUGCCCAUGUGGGCAAUAGGAGCCAUAGUGGUGGUGGUGCUGGCUCUGGUGGCCUGUCUAGGUUUCUGUAUCUGGAAGAAGUGCAUCAACAAGGGCAAGAAGCCCAAGAAAGUACGCGAGAGGAAAGGAGGCCGAGGCAGAAGAAAGAAGGAGGGAGCCGGAGAAGGAGAGGAGGGCAAGGAAGGAGAGGGUAAGGAAGGAGAGGAGGAGGAAAAAGAGAAUUUCGGAAAACUGGAGUUCACCCUGGACUACAACUUCACUGACAACCAGCUGAUCGUGGGCAUCCUGCAGGCUGAAAACCUGGCAGCCAUGGACAUGGGCGGCACCUCAGACCCCUAUGUCAAGGUAUACAUGCUGCCAGACAAGAAGAAGAAGUUUGAGACCAAAGUCCAGCGCAAGAACCUCUGCCCCGUGUUCAACGAGACCUUCAUCUUCAAGAUCCCCUACCAGGAGCUGGGCGGUCAGACUCUGGUCCUGCAGGUCUUUGACUUUGAUCGCUUUGGUAAACACGACGUGAUUGGGCAGAUCUCCAUCCCCAUGAACAGUGUGGACCUGGCUCAGCCACUCCACGAAUGGAGGGAUCUGGUUGGAGGAGAGAAAGAGGAGGUAGAGAAGCUAGGGGACAUCUGUAUCUCUCUGCGCUACGUCCCCACGGCCGGUAAAUUGACCAUCAACAUCAUGGAGGCCAAGCACCUGAAGGCGAUGGACUGUGGAGGCUUGUCAGAUCCCUUCGUUAAAGUGGUGCUGCAGCACCAAGGCAAGCGGCUGAAGAAGAAGAAGACGACAGUCAAACAGAACACUCUGAACCCCUACUUCAACGAAAGCUUCAGCUUCGAGAUCCCCUUUGGCCAAAUACAGAAAGUCCAAGUGUUGAUCACGGUGUACGAUUACGACAAGCUGGGCAGCAACGACGCCAUCGGGAAGGUUUGGAUCGGCUUCGGCGCCUCAGGGGUGGGCCUCCGCCAUUGGUCAGACAUGCUGGCCAAUCCAAGACGUCCCGUGGCCCAGUGGCACGCCCUGUGUCCUGAGGAGGAGGUGGAUGAGGCCCUGAAGAAACCCCUGCGCUAAACACACGCGCGCUCGCGUCACUCAACAUUCCUGUACAUGUUGAAACAAACAACAAUAAGACCUGAAAAUUACACAACAGUAAAUAAGCUCAAUAGUGCUGAUCAUGACACAACGCACUACUCAAAUAGAAACUCCCAAGAAAACCAAAUAGAAACUCCCACUCAAACACUACAACCCACCUGUACAUCGCCGCAGUGCUGGAAUGCCAUUUCGGAUCAUUUUGUGUACUCUCUCCUUCCUUAUUAUUUUCUCGUAACUUUUUUUUUGCGUAUUAACUAGUUGUGCUGUAUGAUGUUAAGUUAUUAUCGUGUGUACGAAUGCGUGUGUGUGUGUGUGUGUGUGUGUGUGUGUGUGUGUGUGUGUGUGUGUGUGUGUGUGUGUGUGUGUGUGUGUGUGUGUGUGUGUGUGUGUGUUCGUGUUAAACCGUAGUACAUGAAAGCUUUCUCUGGUUUAUUUCCUAAAUGUAAUGUGAGUGGUUGUAAAUAACCAAAUAAAUCAUUCCCAAAAUUA